AUGCACAAUGCACAAUCAUUCGCAGACUCUGGUUAUUUUAACUGGCUUUCGCACCAUUCCACCAUUCCAUCCACACUCGGUGUCAUGGAGCAGCUUCUGAACGCAUAUCUGAAUCUUCACAACAUUCUGCCUAUCAGAAAUGAACAGCUGGGCAACAUACAGUCUUUGUCUCAUGAUGAGAUUGCAAAUAUUCGCUUCACGCAUGAGCAGAUGACUCUCAAGUGCCUUCGUUUGGUAUUUGUCACACUUCCUUUCCUUAUUGAUGUACUCAGUGAACAACAUGCAAUUACUGCAUGGGUCGAGCAAAAUCACAGAGAUGAUUAUCCAGGUGCUCUGGAACAUAUCUCUCUGCUCCACAUUGAUAUCGAGCAGGCAGUUGAUGUCAGCUUCCAACAGCUGAUGCUAGACGUAGCUUGUGCCUGCAUGGCUGCGAGUGAUACAGCCCCAGCUGAACGCAUCAUUUUACCGCCCAUCUUGUCUCCAAAGGCUGGCCCAGCUCAUCGCCUUAUAGGCAAGGAAAGCAGCACUCCGAGAAUCCGACGGACAGGAGCCAGAUUCUGCAGGCCAUCUUCUCGGAUCAUGGACAACCUUGACAAGGGAUAUGAGCACUCAAUUAUUGGGUCCACAACGCGUGACCUUCGUUGGUCAUACAAGCAGGAGCGGUGUAUUUAG